GUAUUGCGUCACUUCCUUCAAAACGUACGAGAAAUAAAACAUGACUUCGUUAAUUUUAGCAGGUCUUGGAGUAGCCGGAGCAGCGAUGGCUGCACGUUUUGCGGCACAAGCAAUUAAAAGAAUCGAUGUUAAUACAAUACCUAAAGUUAUACCUAAAAUUCCUACAUUUUCUCAUUAUUACCGCGGUGGAUUUGACCCAAAAAUGACAAAAAGAGAAGCUGCGCUAAUUCUUGGAGUAAGCCCUUCAGCUAACAGAGCUAAAAUGCGAGAAGCACACAGAAGAAUUAUGUUAAUUAACCAUCCAGAUAGAGGGGGGUCUCCAUACUUGGCAGCAAAAAUAAAUGAAGCUAAGGACUUGUUAGAAAGUACAAAAUAGGGGGUGAUAAAGGUUAUUUUUUAUUGUAUAUAUUAGUGAAUAUUCGCAAUAUGCUAAUAAACCAAGUUUUGUAAGUGAAAAUGUA